AUGCUCCUCCACGUUUUGCCCCCGCUUUUCGUGCUCUUCCUGGCGGGACUUUCCGACGCCGCUAGCUGCAGAAACCCGCAUGACAAGUACAUUGGGACCAGGUAACAUUUCGAAAGUUGAUUGUUCUGUGAACGCUCUCUUUCAGAUGCUAUUCCUUUGUGUCAAAGAGACAUCCGUUCAAGUCGGCCGAAGAGUACUGCCAUAGUCAUGGAUACUUCCUCGCCACUGUGGACACCGCCAUCACUGCAAACUUCCUUGCCUGUGAGUUCUUUACGGAUUUCAGUCGUAUUAGGUUGUCUUUCAGCAAUGGCCGUGACAGAGUUUGGAACAAACAACGGUCAGUUCUGGAUCGGACUCUCCAGAAGCAAAGACUAUUCUCUGUUCUACUGGGACGACGGAACUUUGGUGGCCUACACGAACUUCGAAGCCGGAUUCCCGACCAAACAGGACUACGUGGCAGAGAACAUCAAGAACGGAAGAUGGGAAACGAUUUCCGAGAACAAAGAACUCGAGUUCGUGUGUUCGUAUGAUCCGGAACUGAAGACGACUCCCACCGCCGCGCCAACAACUCCCACUACUCCAGCAACGACCACGAGAACAACCACCACAACUACUCCGACUACGACUACGGUCACAACAACUACGGUCACUACAGCAACCACUUUAACCACUCCGAAACCGACGACGAGCACUCCGACAACAACAACCACGACUCUUCCGCCGACGACCACGAAGAAGACGUGUCCGGAGGGAUUCACUCUGUUCGAAGCCACUCAGAAGUGUUACAUUGUCGUAAGUUUUGUACUUGAUUCUUUAUAAAAUGUCAAAAAGGUCAAAAAGAAAAGAUAAGGGCACAGAGAGCAGAAGUCAGAACUGAUAUCGAUUGCUUCAUCUUACGAAUCUGAAACUAAUUGACAUUUUGCAGCUCGUCUAUGGAAAUGACUCGGAUUAUCCGGAUGUGCCGGUCAGUUUCCAGAACUAGAAAAUGAAUUGAACUGGGCCGAUUUCAGACCGAUGCUCCAUUCUUGACGAAAGAGAAUCAACGAUGUGCAAAGUACGGAGCCACUGUGGCCUCAGUUCACUCAUCGGAUCAAAAUGAUCUGUUCCGAUGUGAGUGGAAAUGAAGAGUCCGGCCCAUGAGAUCUUUCCAUUUUCAGCUUUGAUCUACGAACGUUUCAAUGACACCCGCUACGCGACAAUCGGACUUUUCAACACUGAUCUGACUGUACAAGGAGGAAAAUGGCAUUGGUUUGACGGAAGUUCGAUGGACUACCUUGACUUUGGAAACAUGUUCCCAAAGACUGGAGACUAUAUUGCUCAGGUACUAACCAAUGUUAUAAUAACAACUAACUAUGUUUAUUUACAGACAUCGUCUCAAGGAUUCUGGGUAACGUACACGCACACAGCUCCAAAUGAGGGCGUCGUGUGCUCAGUGGAUCUUUGA